CCGGCGCUCGCGGGGGGCACCGGCCUCAGCUCCGCUGCAGCGCCCACCAUGUUCCCGAGCCCUGUGACCAGCACGCCUUUCUCGGUCAAGGAUAUCUUGAGUCUGGAGCAGCAUCCCAGCGGCCUGGCGUCCCUGGAGCUCUCGGCCUUGGGCUCGCCCUCCUCCUGCAUGCUGGCCACCUUCAAGCAAGAGUCCUACCCGGCAGAGGACGCCCCUCUCGCCGAGGCCCCGGCCGGCCUGGCCAAAGGCAGCGGCAGCACUUUUCCCGGCCCUUUCUUCGCCAAGAGCUACGUGGAGAUCGAACCGAGCAAGGAGCCGAAAGAGAGCAAAAAAGAGCUCUGCGUCCUCUCGAAGUCGCUGGAGCAGGAGAAGCGGGACGCCGAAGAGGCGGAGCGGCCCAGGCAGAGGAAGAGGCGGAAACCCCGCGUACUUUUCUCGCAAGCGCAAGUCUACGAGCUGGAGCGCCGCUUCAAGCAGCAGAAAUACCUCUCGGCCCCGGAGAGAGACCACUUGGCCAACGUGCUGAAGCUCACCUCCACCCAGGUGAAGAUCUGGUUCCAGAACCGCCGCUACAAGUGCAAGAGGCAAAGGCAGGAUCAGAGCCUGGAGCUGGUGGGCAGCAUCCCGCCGCCUCGCCGGAUAGCCGUGCCGGUCCUGGUUCGCGACGGGAAGCCCUGCCUGGGCGACUCGUCUCCUUACAGCUCUCCCUACAACGUCAGCCUCAACCCCUACAGCUACAACGCCUACCCGGCCUACGGCAGCUACGGCGGCGGUGGCGGAGGCACUGGGGCCUGCAACGCCAGCUACAGCUGCAGCUAUCCGGCCGUGCAGAGCGUCCAGCCUUCGGCCGCCGCCGGCAACUUCAUGAACUUCAGCGUGGGGGACUUGAACCCAGUGCAAACGUCCAUCCCGCAAGGGAACGGCGGCCUUUCCGCAUUGCAUGGCAUCCGAGCCUGGUAGGGUCAAGACGACCAGAGGCCUUCCGGGAGCAGACUCGGAUGCAGCCCGACGCCUCCUUCGGAGAAGCGGCCUGCACCAUUGUCCCGGACAUCAGAAGCCGAGAGAGCGCGCCCUUUUCCGCGCUAGGUGCGGCCGAGGAGAUUCUCCAGAGGGUGCGCGCGGAAGUGGGGCCGCCGAUUCCUGCUCCAGUUUUCGACGGGCCACUUCGGAUUUCCAUAGGACUGAAGCCUCAUGGAGGCCCGUGUUCUGGCGCACGCACCUCGGUCCAAAGACAGGAGGUGGCCGGACCUGUGUUCCUUCGCUCCUGCUUCGAAGUUAGGUCUACAAAGACUCCCGAAGUCGCAGAGCGCUUUGGUGUUAACAGGGAAAGAGUUUAGUUUACCUAUCUUUCCUACUUUUAAAAAUAAUACAGCUAAAUCUGCCUAGAAACCGCGAAGGACCUUUAUCGAAUCGAUUUCCUUUUCUUUUCCAUACCAGCAGAGAACACGGGCGCACCCCACUUCUUUUCACCGUUUCUUCAAAAGGCCGGGUUGCCAAGUAGGCGUUUGCCUUGCGGGAACUAUUCCUGGUUGGUGAGUUUUCUUUGAAAGGCGGCCCUACUUGAUUUCAGAUGCGAUGCGCACCACCGCCCGGCCACCCCAGGAGAAGGCGCAGGCUGUUGUGAUCCCCGUAGAAUUCUGCACUAAAUCGGUUUGCUGAGAGUAUGAAAUGCACUGCCCGGCCGUGGCGUUGAUAUAGGUGACUUCUUUCGGGAUGGGGGAAGGGGGUGUUGG